AUGCCUACGCCGCCGCAGCAUUAUCUGAACAGCAGUCCCAGCCCAGCUAACAAGGCAGACUCGGUGAUGGACCGCAGAAAGCCCAAGUUGCGGAGCGGAGGCGACCUGGAGGACGCAGAGCCGAUACGCAUCUCGCUAGGCCAGCCAUGGAUGUCCACGGCGCUCGCGACAUCAGGCAGCCCCAAAGGCCCCCGAGACCUCGACAAAGGGCCCGUGGCGCGCGCUCGCACCAACGCCGACCCGAGCUCGCGGCCCGACUCGAUCCUCUCCAUCAACAAGUCGCUGCCGGCGCCGCCGCCCGAGACGGAGGCCGAGUCGGCGCGCGACCGCGUGGCGUUUCUGAACGCACAGCUGCAGGGCCUGGGCAAUCGGCGCAUCAACAUCACCAAGUCGAUCAAGCAGAUGACGGAGCUGAUGCCGCAGGACAACCUGAUGGCGUCGGCGGACGUGAUCCACAAGCGCGAGCUGGAGAAGCGCAAGGUGGAGGCGCUCAAGCAGGAGCUGGCGGAGGUGCAGCGCGAGGAGUACGAGAUCGGGCUCAAGCUGCACCGGGCGUACAAGCGCAUGGAUCGCGAUGCGGACUAUGAGCCGACGACGCUGUGGGUGAGGAGAGUUACUGGCUAG